UUUCUGUUGUUUAAUGAUUUGUUGUCGUCAAACUUUGAUCCUCUGUCGUAAAAUCAGUUAUCUAGCUAUAGCUAGCUAACCUUGACAUAGCUACUAAAAUCCCUAAAAGCGUGCGUCGUUUCAGUUAAAGUGUUUGCUAGCUAUAAUGUUCACACGCUGAACUCUGUGAAUUCGUUGAUUUGCUACAACUAUAGCGCCAUAAUUCUUCAUCUGGUUAGCUUGUUAACAUGCAGUCCACAGCUGAAGCGUGUUGCGUGGUCACGGUUUUUGAAAGUGUGCAAAAACACGUGGAUGGAAGUAAAGGAUCCAAAUACGGGGAAACGGCUAGUCAUCACACAGACAGGCUGAGUUGCAGCGGUGCAAUUGUCAAUGACCGUGCAGGGAUAGUGCUUUGCAGCGGUCUUGUGUUUUCUCGCUUUCUCGUUUGUAAUAACUCCAUUUCCUCAGACCGCCAGUUCUUGUCACCACAUAGCAUUAGUAACAAGCUCCAAGUUUAUAUAGAGUGUUCAGUGCGACGUCUUGUAACGAAUCCGCUCUCCGUUGCUGUUGAGGCCAAGCGCAAAAUAUCGAAUUUUAAAGCAGAGUUGGUCAUGCUGGUUAACUGUCGGGAGUUUCAGUCGGCGUUGCGGAUAGUGUUUAAGGAGACGGAUAAGUGGAGCCUCUGCUGUGGCGAGGAUGACUCCGUGCUGAAUAAAGACGCUGUUUUCUUAAGUUGGUUUGCUGUACUGAGGGUUCCGGGGUUGGCGAAAUCUGAAAACGGCAGAACCACACCUUGGAUUCCCAGCUCAGGUUUGGAAAAGGGGUGUGUGGUUUUUGCAUGCGGCUCCCCUUUUGGUUCGCUCUGUCCCGACCUUUUCAUGAGCACGGUUAGUAAAGGAAUAAUAAGCAACUUGGCCGGAGAAGAGCACGCGGUCAUUCUCACAGACGCACGCUGUUUGCCCGGCACAGAGGGUGGAGGUCUGUACGUUAAGCGAGGAGACCAUGCCCACCUCGUAGGCUUAAUCGUGUCCCCGUUGUGCUGGAAAUCAGGCGAAUGGAUAGGGCUGACUCUAGUGUGCUCCUUUCACUUAAUUCUGAGGAACAUAGCAAUGGUUGUGAAUCUCCGUCACCCACUCAAGGAACUCUGCGCCCCAUUGCACAUGGAUUCAGAAGGUGUAUCAAAUAAAGGCCAGUGUACAUCUAUGCAAAAUUAUCCAAUGGUCGCCCUGGUCGACAGUGGCCAGUCUUGGGGUUCUGGAGUUCUGAUGGACUCUCAACUGAUGCUGACCUGCAGACAUGUUUUGAAUGGAAAAUCCAGGCUGACAGUGAGGUUCAAGACUGAUGACAGGUUUCUGGUGGUGAUGGGCGAAGUGCUGUAUUCUACCAAGACGUCCUCACCCUACGAUAUAGCAGUGGUGCUGCUGAAAGAGCAGCUCCCUGGUAUUGCGGUGCCGACUUCAGGAUGCGCUUUCAAACAAGGGGAAGAUGUGUAUGUCAUCAGCUACGGAGCGUUUGGUCAUAGCUGUGGGCCAUCGGUCACUUCGGGGGUCCUCUCCCGUGCCGUUUGCUGUAACUCGCAGCCGGUGAUGCUGCAGACCACAUGUGCAGUGCAGGCAGGAGCCAGCGGGGGCGCUGUAGUGCGAGUGUACACAGGAGAACUGCUAGCGGCGGUGCCCCCUGCAGGCAUGCGUGCAGAACUUUGCUUUGUGUGCGCGAGUAUCAUCAGUCACUGCCUGCACAGCUCUGAACAGAAACCCUUGCUAUUGACCGAGAAACGAACCAGGACCUACCUCCCCCUGUGUACACCGAGCUAUGUGCGUUAUUGACAAACUGUAAGUAACGGUUGCUUUACUGCUUGUAGAUAUGUUUAAUUAUUCCAGCCUUAGUAGCAUCUGCCGAUUAGUUUGUACACCGUUUGAUGUGACAGUACCGAAACCUAGCUCAACUCGCAUCUGCAACAGUUAGUUCGACAAUUUGUCAAGUUAUCAGUUUGUAAUUAAGCCUCUUUUAAUUAUUGUUAACCCUUGAACGUCGAUGGUAACUGCCAGUGAUGUGUGUUGUUCACGAGGUGUGAACGUAAAAUGGUGGUGCAGCUUGUACAAUUCCUGCCAUGUUAUGUGCAAAGUUAACCACUAGAUGGCAGCGUAGACUGGGAUAACGGCCUGUACAUUCGUUAAAUGUUGUUGAGUUAGAUCACUUUUCU